AUGAUCAGCAAUUUGUAUCUCCCAGAACUCCGUCAAGAUGUCUAUAUAAAAGAAGAGUACCAUUAUUUAAGCGUGCCUCAAGUUGCAACAUUCACAGUGUACGACAGCCUUGACUGCGCCUUUAAAUGUCUCCGCAAUCCUUCCUGUUUGUCAAUCAACCUGGCCGCUUCCAAAGGAGCAGAUGGAAAGUUGUGGUGUGAGUUGUUAUCGUCAGAAAAGCACAGCAACCCUAAGGAGUAUAAAAGGAACAAGAGUUUUCAUCACUUUUUCCAAAUGGUGGGAAAAAUUCUUUAGUCCAUGUUUACGUCUCAUACCAGGAUAGUUAUAUAUUAAUAACCUCCCCCCCCCCCCCCCCCCCACAUCAAAACAACAAAAUAAUAGUAACAAUAAUGAUGCUAAUCUUUCUGAAUUCUCUUACAACCCACGGCUGAGGACACUUCUGGUCGGGAUUGACCUGUCUAUUAACCCAUUCGCUCCUAGAGAUUUUGCCGAAAAACGCGUUUUGAAGCUAGUCUUUGUUACAAUGAAACCACUUGCAGCCAAUUCAGGACCACCAGGCUCCCUGUCCAGAGUGAACAGCCUCCCACUGUGAAGAGGUCGGAAAGAGUUAGAAGUCGACCAAAGGCUCUGGGCGACUAUGUUCUGUAUUGAACUUGACUAUGACCUAGUCACCUGCAUGUUUCCUUAUGUGACAAGAGACACUGUUACAGAGUUUAUAAGUUAAGGACUUUGAAUAAGAAAAAGUUUGUUUACCUUGUUUGUUUCAAAUAAGACCGUAAUUGGCUUUUUUAUUUGUUUUGCUGCGGUAUAUAUGUAAGAUCAUGAAAGUUUUUGUGCGAGAAAGAGAGAUCUAGGGAAUGUAGUGUACAGCGGUUUUGGCCCUUACUUACAUCCGGGAGAGAGAGAGAGUUGUCACUGAGUGUUGUCUUUAAGCCUUUUCAAUACUACAGUCAUCCUCAUUUUAAUUCUAUAAUGUGAAAAGUUAUGAUAGGUGAAAAUUUAAAGGACAACGGAAAAAAUGGUUGUCUUGUUCAAUUAGAAACAUAAAAGUGAAACAUCAUAAAGGGCUGUAAUUUUAAAGAGUCUUGGUAACUGUGACCUUCAUAGUGUCUUAAUUAAAAUGCAAUACAGCCGCCGCCCGGUCAAUCGCUCCGGUCCAGGCUAUAAGAGAUAUUUUCGACAAAGACGUUCUCUCGCGAAACUUCUUAGCGAAAGAAAGUGAAUUGAGAGCCAGCUGUAUCACAGGCUAAGCUUCUUCUCAAGACGAACUGUCCCUGUAACUUUACAAAAAUGGCUUUUACCAACAUUUUUCUAUCGAUCAAAGGUUCGUUUCCAUUGUUAUUUGCAGUCUCCAUGCAUGUCAUCACCGUGUCAAAACGGAGGCACCUGUGUAGCGAAUUAUAAAAAUUACAAUUCCAUGGAAUGCCAUUGCAAAGAAGGUUUUGUUGGAGAAUUUUGCGAAACAGGUAAUGGCUCUGAAUAA